AUGGGGUGCUCGAAGUGCCGAUACAGCGAGCGUGGGUGCGCGAGAUGCGUCGUGAACUUUAUCGGACGCGCGCGAGCGACGACGGAGACGGCGUCGGGGCCGAUGACGAGCGAGAUGGGUCGAAAGGGGGUGACGAUGAAUUCAAACCGCUCGACCGCGAUCUCGAGCUCGGAGAAGCGUAAGAGAGUGGGCGAGAACGUCUCGAGGGGGAUUAAGCGAGGGCGAUCGAACGCGAGGGAGGAUAAGGUGGGUAAAUCGGGACGGACGUCGACGAUCGGGGUGAAGACGCCUGGGAUGAAGACCCCGACGGCGAGAUUCGGCGCGCGCCGCGGGCUGGCGAGCGAGAGCGAGAGCACGGAGAUGAAGGCGAGAGCGACGCAAUCGAUCGUCGCUCGAGCGAGUGAGACGAGUGAGAGCGAUGGUGAUGGUGGAGCAAAGGAGAGGGAUGGCGAAGACGAUGAGACGUGGGAGGACGCGCCGAACGGGAGGGUGUUGUUCGACGACUGCGAAAUGCCGUCGCCGAAACCGAUCGAGGAGAUGAGUCCCGGGGCUGUGGAGAGCGUGAUCGCAAAAUCGCCGUCGGCAAUGCGACAAAGCACAACUUUCAUCAACGAAACACCGCCAUCACCUCUCGCGGCGGCGUUCGCGAUGAUUAGUGACUUCUUAGACUCUCCGAGACGCGAGCGCUCGCGAGUCUGCGAUAGGGGAGAUUUUUGGGGCUUGUCCGCAGCCGCGGGAUGA